AAAAAAGAAACCGAACUCUCUUUUCUUUCUUCUUUCUUUAUAUUAACACAAAACCAAAAUCAUUUCUUCACCUUCCUUCUUCAUAUUCAACCAAAUUUUAAAAGAAAUUUAGAAAAAAAAAUGUCAAAAUCAGAUUCAUCUAUAGCAGCUCGAGGGCGGUUAGCCGUGCUCACAGCUCAUCUAGCGGCGGCUACUUGUCUCGACGCAGCUACGAUAUCUCUAGAGGCAAACUGCGUAUCAGCUCAGGUGCCUCCUCCUGGUAACCUCCAGGGAUCAUUAACCGUCGUUGAUGAAAGAAGCGGUAAGAAAUACAAAAUUCCCGUAUCUGAAAACGGCACCGUCAAAUCCUCUGAUUUCAAGAAGAUAACAACAGGAAAGAAUGAGGAUAAGGGGCUGAAGCUAUAUGAUCCAGGGUAUUUGAAUACAGCUCCAGUUAAGUCAUCAAUUUCUUAUAUUGAUGGAGAUGAGGGCAUUCUCAGAUAUAGAGGCUACCCAAUUGAGGAGUUAGCUGAGAGUAGUACUUUCGUGGAAGUUGCUUAUCUCAUCAUGUAUGGAAAUUUGCCAUCUGCAAGUCAGCUGGCAGACUGGGAAUUUGCUAUUUCUCAGCAUUCGGCUGUUCCGCAGGGCAUUUUGGAUAUUAUACAGGCGAUGCCUCAUGAUGCACACCCAAUGGGCGUCCUAGUCAGUGCAAUGAGUGCUCUUUCCAUCUUUCAUCCUGAUGCUAAUCCAGCUCUUAGAGGGCAAGAAAUCUACAAGUCCAAACAAGUCAGAGACAAACAAAUUGCACGUAUUCUUGGAAAGGCCCCAACCAUUGCCGCUGCUGCUUAUCUGAGGUUGGCAGGCAGGCCUCCAGUUCUCCCCUCCAGCAACCUUUCUUAUGCUGAGAAUUUCUUAUACAUGCUAGAUUCAUUAGGCAAUCGAUCAUAUAGACCUAAUCCUCGACUUGCUCGAGUUCUAGAUAUACUUUUCAUACUGCAUGCAGAACAUGAAAUGAAUUGCUCCACUGCUGCUGCCCGACAUCUUGCAUCAAGUGGUGUUGAUGUGUACACUGCCCUUGCUGGGGCUGUUGGGGCACUGUAUGGUCCUCUUCAUGGUGGAGCAAAUGAGGCUGUGCUUAAGAUGCUGAAUGAGAUUGGAACUGUUGACAACAUUCCAGAUUUCAUUGAGGGUGUAAAAAACAGGAAGCGAAAAAUGUCAGGUUUUGGGCAUCGGGUGUACAAAAACUAUGACCCCAGAGCAAAAGUCAUUAAGAAACUAGCAGAGGAAGUAUUUUCUAUCGUUGGCCGAGAUCCUCUUAUUGAGGUAGCAAUUGCUUUGGAGAAGGCUGCCUUGUCUGAUGAGUACUUUGUUAGGAGGAAGCUGUAUCCAAAUGUUGAUUUCUACUCUGGACUAAUAUAUAGAGCAAUGGGAUUCCCAACAGAGUUCUUCCCUGUCUUAUUUGCAAUUCCUCGAAUGGCUGGUUACUUAGCACACUGGCGAGAGUCGCUCGAUGAUCCUGAUACAAAGAUAAUGAGGCCACAACAGGUCUAUACUGGAGAAUGGCUUCGACACUAUAUGCCAAUCAAGGAAAGGAUGCAAGCAGGCAACAUAGAUCAGCUUGGACAAGUGUCCGUUUCUAAUGCCUCCAAGCGACGACUUGCUGGAUCUGGGUUAUAAAUUUGCAUGAUCAAUCCAAAAUUUUAAUAUGUGAUGGGGAUUGAAGAGAAAAAGAAAUAAAUGAUGUGAAAAUUUGGUGGAGGAAUAAAUGUACCUUUGCCUAAGGUCUUUGCCUUCUACAUGUGAAUUUUAGUAUCUAUUAGAGCAUAAUUGCCAAGGUUUUGCUCUCUAUUUGUAUUCAGAAACAAUAGUCAAUAGCUUCAUCAUAAUGGUUGUAGUUCCAAGCUUGAUAAUGCAAUUACAUGUUUCAAUUGCUGGAUUUAA